AUGGCUUGGAGAGAGAAGAAUGCGACUAUUGAUGCCCUACUUGAAAGAGUAGUUGGGAUUUUAGAAAGGAAAAAUGAGCCAGCUCCUAAUUGUGGGUUGUCCGAAUUUCAUAAAAACAAACCCUCCCAGUUUCGUGGCAGGUUUGACCCUAAUGGAGCUCAACUUUGGCUAGAAGAACUGGAAAAGAUUUUUGAGGCCAUGGCAUGUUCAAACGAAGAAAAGGUCGCCUACGCUACUUUUAUGCUCGCAGGAGAAGCAGAACACUGGUGGAGAAUUGCUCGCCACCAACUUGGGACAGAAGGAAUUAUAGCAGAUUGGCAGACUUUUCGUCGCAGAUUUCUAGAGAAGUACUUCCCUGCAGAUCUUAGAAGGAGGAAGGAGCUGGAGGUCCUAAAUUUGAAACAAGAAAGUAUGAGCGUUGGGGAAUAUGCAGCUAGAUUUGAUGAAUUAUCAAGGUAUUGCUCCUAUUUCAUGCAUGCAGAUGACCGGGCCCAAUGUUCUAAAUUUGGAAGCGGACUACGACUAGAUAUCAAACAAGCAAUUGGCUACCAACAAAUUAUGAUACUAUGUCGCGACAAGAGAAAGGAAAUCCGCAAUGGAAAGAAGCCGUACAUUCAUCCCAAUUGUCAACGAGGAAAUAAUCCUUCUAGAGUUAAGCAGCCGAAUCAUGGAGAUUCAAGACAAUCCGAAUUAAAGUUUUCAAUUGUGGAGGCCUUCACCUCAAGAGAGAAUGUUGCUGUGAUCCUGUUACCUGCUUUAAAUGCGGACAACGGCAAACCAAAGAACGAUAAGGGUGGAAGUAACAAAGGAGAAGUAUGGAAUGUAGGCCGUAAUAUUGGUGGCAGAUAG